UAGUCUAGUGUCGCAACUUCUAGUCCAUUUAACAUUGUGCGAGUUCAACACAUAUUCGAUUUCCUCUCCAGUUUCCACCUCCAGUAUUUGUCAUUUGUGACAUUUGAAUUCCAGUUUCAAGUUCCCUAUUAAAGGAUUUCCUCCGUUAGCGAGAUACAGGCUGUUAUUGUCAAAAGACAUGACACUCGAACAGUGAAUUAAUAGAAGAAGCAAAUCUACAUCAAGAUAUUUUUUUAAUUUCAUCGUUAGUGAGUAAAUCUUCCAAAAUGGGGUCUCUUUUCAGAAGUGCCGAAAUGACUUUGUGUCAGUUGUUUUUGCAAAGUGAAGCUGCUUAUGCUUGUGUUUCGGAACUGGGUGAACUUGGUUUAGUGCAGUUUAGAGAUCUCAACCCAGACGUUAACGUUUUUCAAAGGAAAUUCGUUAACGAAGUCCGCCGCUGCGAUGAAAUGGAAAGGAAACUUCGAUAUCUCGAAAAGGAAAUCAAAAAAGAUGGAAUUCCAAUGUUGGAUACUGGUGAAAACCCAGAAGCUCCCCAACCAAGGGAGAUGAUAGACUUAGAGGCAACUUUUGAAAAACUCGAAAAUGAGUUGAGAGAGGUGAAUCAGAAUGCAGAGGCUCUUAAAAGGAACUUCUUGGAACUUACUGAACUGAAACAGAUUCUUCGAAAAACACAAGUGUUUUUUGAUGAACACGAGGGGGGUAUAAACCCCACUGACUCAAUGACCAGGGCCCUCAUAAGCGACGACUCAAUCGCCCGACAAAGCACCUUAGGCCCCGUCCAACUGGGUUUUCCGGAAAAACAUUUCGACCCGGAGGAGUUCCUGCCAUGCUUCGUCGCUGGAGUGAUACUGAGGGAGAGAAUACCAGCUUUUGAACGGAUGUUGUGGAGGGCUUGUAGGGGAAAUGUCUUCCUCAGACAGGCCGAAAUAGAAACACCUUUAGAAGACCCCUCAACGGGCGACCAAGUUUAUAAGUCCGUGUUCAUCAUAUUCUUCCAAGGAGACCAGCUGAAAACUCGAGUAAAAAAGAUCUGUGAAGGUUUCCGUGCUACGCUUUAUCCAUGUCCAGAAGCCCCUACAGACCGACGUGAGAUGGCAAUGGGAGUCAUGACAAGGAUAGAGGAUCUUAACACUGUUUUAGGCCAAACGCAAGAUCAUAGGCACCGUGUUCUGGUAGCUGCUGCGAAAAACAUAAAAAAUUGGUUUAUUAAAGUUAGGAAAAUCAAAGCUAUCUAUCACACUCUCAACCUAUUCAAUCUUGAUGUUACACAGAAGUGCUUGAUUGCAGAAUGCUGGGUGCCAGUUUUGGAUUUGGAAAAUAUUCAGCUGGCUCUGAGGAGAGGCACAGAACGCAGUGGAAGUUCAGUUCCUCCAAUUCUGAACAAGAUGGAAACUCCUGAAGACCCCCCGACUUACAAUAACACAAACAAAUUCACGAAUGCUUUUCAAAUACUCAUCGAUUCUUAUGGUGUAGCUUCAUACAGGGAGAUGAAUCCGUCUCCUUACACUAUCAUAACCUUCCCCUUCCUUUUUGCCGUUAUGUUUGGAGAUUUAGGUCAUGGUGCCAUCGUAACAUUAUUCGCUCUCUGGAUGGUACUCAAGGAAAAACCACUUGCUGCUAAAAAAUCUGAUAACGAAAUCUGGAACAUCUUUUUUGGGGGCAGAUAUCUGAUACUUUUGAUGGGACUGUUCUCGAUGUACACCGGUUUCAUCUACAACGAUGUUUUCUCCAAAUCUUUCAACGUUUUUGGAUCUCAUUGGCAGACUGUUAAUUUGACUAAAAGUAAUGUUCAUAGUUUGCCAAGUGAAAUAAUGCUUGAUCCAGCAACUAAUGAGUAUAUGGGUACACCAUAUCCCAUUGGUAUGGAUCCUAUAUGGCAGUUGGCACAGAACAAAAUCAUUUUCCAAAACUCAUUCAAGAUGAAAAUAUCCAUCAUUCUUGGAAUCACACAUAUGUUGUUUGGAGUUACUAUCAGCUUAUUCAACAUGAAGUAUUUCAACCAGACAAUGAAUAUCCUCUUCGAUUUCAUACCCCAGGUUAUUUUCUUGUCGUUCCUGUUUCUUUACAUGUGCGUAAUGAUGUUCAUCAAAUGGCUUGAAUACUACGCCACUAAUGAUCCCGCGGAUUUCCAGUAUGGUACCAGAUGUGCACCUUCAAUUUUGAUUACUUUCAUCAACAUGGUGCUCCAAAAAGAAAGUCCAGUAGAAGAAGGCUGUAGUACAGAAAUGUACCCUGGUCAGAUGAUCAUCCAGAAGUUUUUGUUUGUCUGUGCUUUAUUGUGUGUCCCAUGGAUGUUGUUGGCUAAGCCCAUCUACAUAAUGAGGCAGCGUAAACAAAAGGAACUACAUCAUCAAAUCACCACGCCACGUGAAAAUGGGGAUGCUGAAGCUAUGCAUAAUAACACUUCAUCCCCACCUGCACAACACGGAGGUCAUGGGGGUCACGGAGAAGAAGAUAGUGGCACUGGUGACCUUUUCAUCCGCCAAGCCAUUCAUACUAUUGAAUAUGUCUUAGGAUCCGUAUCCCACACCGCUUCCUACCUUCGGUUGUGGGCUUUGUCACUCGCUCAUGCGCAAUUAUCCGAGGUGUUGUGGACCAUGGUGCUCAGUAAGGGCCUUGCUUUGGAUGACUGGGUUGGCGGAAUAGCUCUCUACCUCAUUUUCGCGUUUUGGGGUACUCUAACAAUCGGUAUUUUAGUACUGAUGGAAGGAUUGUCUGCUUUCCUGCACACAUUGCGUUUACAUUGGGUGGAAUUCCAGAGCAAAUUCUAUGAAGGUGCCGGAUAUGCGUUCCAGCCAUUCGCUUUUGAAGCUAUCUUAGAUACAGGAAGUACCGGCCCCAUCGAGGACUGAGUCAACUCUCGAAUAGACUAAUUAUCAUCUAACUAUUUAUCCGUACUUAAUUACCUCGAAAACAUGAUUGAUGUUCAAAAUAAUAUUCAUCUCUCAAUGUUGAAUUGUUAGUAAAUAUAUUAGAAGUGGAAAUAGCCCUCAACCAGUCCUAUAUAAUCAAUUGUUCAAAAAAAAAAAAUUGUAACUUGUGCAUGCUGUUUGUGGAAUAAAGAGAAUAGAUUA